UUACGACACCCACCAACCCAUCUAUUUCCAUCAAAAUUCUAAUCACAUCUCAUUAGAUUCACCUUAAUUCCCUUUAUAUUCUCUUCAUCUCAUAAAUCAUCCCUCCUUCACUUAUUCCAUGGAGAAUACUUACCCCCUAUUAUUUCAUCCACAACAAACAUCUCAUACUCCCUAUGGCAAUCUCUAUACGAGCGACACUUUAAGUGGGGUUCUAGUGCAAGGGCUUAAGGAGGAGGAUCCUUCUACUAGGGCUUCAAGAUCGUCACAAGGGAUUCGAGAAUCUCUUGUUGUUUCAUCGAAUGAGGCAGGGACAAGUCUCGACAAGCCAACCAAGAAGAAGGAGGAGAAGAAGGCAAGGAGGCCUCGAUAUGCGUUUCAGACAAGGAGUCAAGUCGACGUUCUUGACGACGGGUAUAGGUGGAGGAAGUAUGGGCAAAAGGCUGUGAAGAAUAAUAAGUUCCCAAGGAGCUAUUACCGCUGCACACAUCAGGGGUGCAAUGUGAAGAAGCAAGUUCAACGGCUAUCAAAGGAUGAAGGGGUUGUAGUAACCACUUAUGAAGGAAUGCACACCCAUCCCAUAGAGAAAUCCAAUGACAACUUCGAACGUAUCUUGAACCAGAUGCAGAUAUACUCUGGUGUUUAAAUUCAUGAUAAUGGAAGUUAAAAUAAUUUUGUAAAGAAGUUCAUUUACAUAAGUAGUAUUACUCCUCAAACAUAAUAAGCUAAUGUUAUAGCUCUGCCGCCUGUUUAAAUUUC